AUGGCAUCUCCAAGAUUUGAUCCAAGUCAAUUCCAAACACCUACUAAGAAACAAAAUCCUUCGUCCCCCUUAACUUCUCCCUCAUCAAUUUCAACGACAUCGACAAAUCCGAAACAACGUUCAGUCACUGGAAGUAGCAACACAAAUGAUGAAACAAUCACAACGAUUAAAAUGGAGGAUGGUACCGAUGAAGUGAAAGUCUUCUCUGCAUCGACUAUCAAAAAGAAUGAACCUGAUGAUGAUAUCGAUGUUGACGGAAUCGAAGAUCGACUCUCACCAGUUGUUGAAGAACCAACAAGCCCGAAUAAAAAUGAUGCAUUAAAUGGUAGUCUUUCUGGCUUAUACACAUCACCAUUUCUGUAUCCAUAUUUUCAUCCAAUGUUCCAUCCGUAUUUAAUGGCUGCAGCUGCACAAGCAAAUGCGGCUGCCUCAUCCACAGAUAAAACAGCGACGGAUGGAUCGACCCCAUUACCUCCUAAUCCAUAUGGAGCUGCACCUUCUCCCUUCUCUGGUUUUAAUCCAGGCAUGCCUUUUCCUUCGUUGUAUCCACCUGGAAUGGUCAAUCAACCAUUUCGACCAAAUCUGUUCAAUCCAUUCGGAAUUCCUAUACCUACACCCGGUGUUCGUCCUCCUCCACCUGCUUCAGCAUCAUCGUCGUCUUCUUCAUCUUCAAAUCGUCACCAUCAAAACUAUGAUGGAUCUCCUCGAAAUCUUAGCGCACUGCUUGAUGCACAACGACCAAAGAAACCUCAUAUAAAAAAACCUCUAAAUGCUUUUAUGCUUUAUAUGAAAGAACAACGUGCACAUGUUAUUGAAGAAUGUACAUUAAAAGAAUCAUCGGCAAUAAAUAAAGUUCUUGGACAGAAAUGGAAAGAAUUACCACGAGCUGAACAAGACAAAUACUAUGAAUUAGCUAAAGAAGAGCGAAAUCGUCAUAUGCAAUUGUAUCCUGGUUGGUCAGCCAGGGAUAAUUACGGUUUAAAGAAGAAACGUCAGUCAAGUGGACAUACGCCUUUAUUGAACAAUGCGAAUAAAAAAGCACCCAGAGAAAACAAUUCAAUGGUGAAUAGUCCGGGACAUUUGAAUCAUAAUAGUCCACAUCGAUUCGGUCAACCACAUCAUUUGAUCAACAGUCCACAUAUGAAUUCCAAUAAGAAUCCAAUGCAACUAGAGAAUGGUAAACAUCGAACCAAAAUUGACUUUCGAAACGAUGAUAUUUUGUCUUUAGAUUGUUUAAAUCAAAAGAAAUGUCGAGCUCGAUUUGGUUUAGAAGGGCAAAGUCAAUGGUGUAAACAUUGUCGUCGAAAGAAGAAAUGCACACGAUUUCUCGAAGAAGAUAUGUCAAAUCAUGCGAAUAAUAAUCCAAAUCAUAUGAUGAAUAAUUAUCAUAAUCCUUCACUAAAUACUCACGGUAUGAGUGUCGGUAGCAAUGGUAAUCCAUCGUCGAUAAGUUCACCUCGAACGAAUCAAUCGGAUGAUGAAGAUGAUUCGAUGAAUGAACCAGAUGGUGAUGAUAUUUUAGCUCGACAAGUUGAUUCCAUUGAAGAUGAUGAUGACGAUGACGAAAAUGACAACGACGACGAUGAUGAUGACAGUGAUGAAGAAAAUAAACAACAGCAUCAUCAUCAUCAUCAACAGCAAACGAAUUCUCAUGUUUAUAAGCCAAUCCCGUCGAAAAUUGAGCCUCUUCAAUCACAAUUUCAUCCUCCACCACCUGCACAUCUCUAUCAACCUUCAGCAAUGCCAGCUCAUUUUACGCCUAAUUUUCAUUAUUAG